AUGGCCAUCUCAAAACCCGAAUUAGCCUGCGUCUACGCCUCACUCAUCUUGGCCGACGACGACAUCGACAUCACGGGAGAAAAAAUCCAAACCGUCUUAAAGGCCGCCAAUGUUGAAGUUGAACCAUACUGGCCUGGUUUGUUUGCCAAGGCUUUAGAAAAUGCCAAUGUUAAAGAUUUAAUCACAAACAUUGGAUCAGCAGUAGGAGCUGUACCGGCUGCAGGUGUCGCAGCCGCUGCCCCAGCAGCUGAAGCCAAGGAAGAAAAGAAAGAAGAGAAGAAGGAAGAAGAGAGUGAAGAGGAAGAUGAUGAUAUGGGCUUUGGUCUAUUUGAAUAA